CGAAGGCUCCGCCAAACUGUAUUAACUGAACGACACAAGGAAGCGCUGACUGAGCAGCGCCUCCUCCUCCUCCGCCUCCUCUUGAGGGAAGGCAAGGCGGAGGAGGGGCCGCUGUGGUAGGCCGCACCCCCGGCUUCUCCUUCUUGAGCUCAUGGUGACUUCAGGCGGAUCUGGAGGCCGAGGAUGGCAGCCCCGUCGCCUCCCUCCCGGCCCCGGGCCUUGUUGGCGGCGGAGCUGGGCGGCGGGACCCAGGCCUCUCAGCGGCUCCUGGCCUACAGCGACGCCCUCCUCUCCAUCAUCGCCACCGUCAUGAUUUUGCCUGUGGCCCAUACGAAGAUACAUCCAGAUCAGAAACUCGGUGAAAGUGUCCAACAGCUCCUAGCCACCAAAAUUGCUGUGUAUCUGAUGACUUUUUUAAUAGUGACAGUUGCUUGGGCCGCUCAUGUCAGACUCUUUCAAGUGAUUGAACUCAUUGAUGAUGUACUUGCCCUUCUAAACUUGGCCUGUAUGAUGCUUAUUACUUUUUUGCCAUACACAUUCUCCUUGAUGGCCUCCUUUCCAGACGUGCCAUUUGGAAUUUUCUUGUUUAGUAGCUGUGCAGUUAUAAUCGGUGCUAUCCAGGCACUAAUCGUUGUGUAUGGUUUUCGCCACCCAUAUUUACUUAAUCUUGAAAUACAGGAAUCUGAAAACCAAGAAUUUUAUAAAUAUCAUAUCCUGAGGAUUAUACUAAGAGGACCAACGCUGAGUUUUUUCGCAGCCAUCUUCUCAUUUUUCUUCAUCCCAUUGUCUUACAUGUUUCUUGGGCUCGUUAUCUUUUUCCCUCAUGUCAGCCACCUAAUUAAAUGGUUUAAAAGGAAGUUUCUCGGUCAUGAAGAGGAGGUCCCACUAGAGUCUUUUACUGUUUAUCUUACCGAACCCCUCAGUAAGGAACGAGUAGAAGCAUUCAGUGAUGGGGUUUACGCUAUUGUCGCCACCCUGUUAAUUCUGGAUAUAUGUGAAGAUAAUGUUCCUGAUGCCAAAGAGGUUAAAGAGAAAUACCAUGGCCACCUCAUAAAUGCUUUGAAUGAAUUUGGUCCGGCUUUCCUGGCCUACUUUGGCUCUUUCGUCACUAUCGGCCUUCUCUGGUUCGUCCACCAUUCUCUCUUCCUCCAUGUCAUGAAAGCAACUCGUCUGAUGGGCCUCCUCAAUACCUUUUCCUUGGCAUUUAUUGGAGGCCUACCUCUUGCCUAUCAGCUGACCAGUGACUUUGCAGAAAAGUCCCACAAUGAAAUCGAAGCCAUCCAGGUCAGCUGCGUCACCAUCUUUUUUGCCAGCAUCUUUCAGUUUGGCAUAUGGAUUGCUGCUUUGUUCUACCAAAGGGAAACGCUCCACCCUUUUGCCAGGUACGGCGGCAAGGAGCACGCCUUCAUGUUUGCCAAGCUGGCGCUCUAUCCCUGCGUGAGCCUUUCCGUCUUCUUCCUCACAUGCAUCGUGAGUGAACUGAGUACAACCAUUUUCCAUCUCACCCAGAUCAUCGUCCCCUUUGCCUUCCUUGUUUUGCGCCUCCUUGUCCGAAUUGGUCUGUUGGCAUUAAGGUCCAUAAUGUCUCUAUCUAGGCGGAGGAGAAACGUACUUGAAGAAGAAGAAGCCUGUUUAUCUGCUGCUGAAAUUUUGUCAUAGCUCUCCCUGCACUUUAUUUGGAAAAAUAUGGUAUUGCAAUGACAAUGUGUUUGGCUCAAGCUACUACUUGAUAUAUGCAGCCUCUGAUCAAGUGAAAUCCCCUUGUUUGUGAAAUAUAAAUGCUCCCACAAGACUUCAGAUGCAAACCCCAACAUCUGAGACUUGUAGACUCUUAUUGCCCACCUUUUGCCUGCAAACUGACAUUUGGGUCCAUGUUUUGGGCUAUUACAACUUCCUCACUGAUCAACUUCAGCUUUUGGGAGAAUAUCAAUAACUAAAGCAGGUUUUCUCAACCUGUGGGUCCCCAGAUGUUUUGGUCUUCAACUCUCAAAAAUCCUAACAGCUGGUAAACUGGCUGGAAUUUCUGUGAGUUGAAUGCCAAAACACCCCAGGUUGAGAACCACUGCUAUAGAGGAAGAACAAGGCAUUUUAGGAAAUGUAAUGGCAUCAGCUCUCUAUUUCUGAGGUGCUGAAUAAAAUCAGAGUCAUUAAAAGGGAAAAAGCUGAUACAGCUACAAAUAUAUAUGUUAGCCCGCUGCCAAGUGAGUGAUCAAGGAAACAUGUUUUGAGUUGUUACAUAUUCCUGGGUGCAUCUACUGUAUAUGUAAACAGCUGUUCCUUGUAAUACACAACAGACCUGGAUAUAUUUGGUGUGCAAAGCAUCCAAUUCUAAUAAUUUUCACAUUUGGUAUGAAAAUGAAUAGAUCUGGUGCCAAGUUGAGAAAAUACAGGGUGUUUGAAAAAGAACUCCCUAGUUUUAAUGUAAUUAUACUUAAAACUAGGGAGUUCGUUUUCAAACACCCUGUAUUACAUGCUAGCUAAGGAACUCUGCGAGCUGUAAUCUGAAAAAGUAACUUUCCCAAGAGGUGAGCCAAGUGACUGUGAAUCAACACAAGUUGCCAAUAAAAGAAAUGAUCCAUUCUGGACUUGUACAGUCUGAAGGAACACAACUUGUCAGGAUUUUAGAAAUGCAAUGAUUGCAUGAAACAUGAAAACUGUCCAUAAGCCUUCACAGAGCUUCUUGUGGUUUUUGCAUAAUAUUAACACUUAAUAAUAAUAUGUAAAGUAUCUUUCUAUUUCUGGCUUUAUAUCAAUUGUUUCUGCUGGUGUUCUGCCCCAGUUGUAAUACCAUCCAGACCUGGCUAAUCCACAAGGUAGCUUGUUUAUCUUGAACAUUACCCCUAACUUGAAUCAAAAAUUGUCUGUGCCUGAUUGCUGUUGUAUCCUCUCUAUGAAAAGCUCAGCAUUAUUCUGAAAUGCACAGGGGCUUUUUAGAAAGGCAUAAUGAUGGACAUUCCUGUAUUUCCUUCCUACUGCACUUUAUGAACAUAUAAUUGUAUUUGGGUUUGUCAACAGCUUUUGAUACUUCUGUAACCUGUACAUGGCUGAUCAAUGUGUUUCUAGUUUGGGGCAAUACCCUAUAUGCUACAAUUCAACCUAAAAUCCAAAAGAUAGUCCCUUAUUGCUGUUCCAACCUUUAUGAUUUCAUAUAUUUGUUAAUUUUCAAAUGAGUUGAAUAUAUUUUUACUUAAAUAAAAUGUUAUGUUUACA